AUGUGGCUCGGCUGGAAAUGCGCCGCCGCUGCACCUGGAGAAUCUUUCAAUCCAUUGAGUAUUCCUCUUCACAACUUCUUCAGUUACCUCAUGGACCAGUUCACACCAAGCAGCAGCAAAGAGAGGGAUUUUAUCAGUCGCAUGUUUGUAAGUGGGGAAAGUUACAAAGAAGCAGAGCUGGAAAAAUACUGUGACUAUGAAUCCAUAGAGGUGCCAGACUCCUACACCGGACCCCAUCUCUCUUUCCCACUCCUCCCUGACCAUGCCACGGCCUUGCUGGAAGCUUUCCAACAGAAACAGCAGCUCCAUGCUCGCUAUGUCUUAAACCUCCUGCAUGAGACCAGGAAGCACCUCAAGCAGUUGCCAAACAUCAGUCAUGUCUCCACCUGCUACAUCGAGGAGAUCACCGUGUGUGGAGACUUACACGGCCAGCUGGAUGACCUCUUCCUCAUCUUUUACAAGAAUGGCCUGCCUUCCCCUUCCAAGUCCUACGUGUUCAAUGGGGACUUUGUAGACAGAGGCAAGCAGUCCCUUGAGAUCCUUGUUAUCCUCUUUACCUUCCUCCUGAUCUAUCCUAAGGAGGUUCAUCUCAACCGCGGGAACCACGAGGACCACAUGGUGAACUUACGCUAUGGUUUCACCAAGGAAGUGAUGCAGAAAUACAAGGUGCAUGGGAAGAAAAUCUUGAGGAUGUUUCAGAAUGUCUUCUGCUGGCUGCCCCUGGCCACCCUGAUUGAUCAGAAAGUCCUCAUUAUUCACGGGGGCAUCUCUGACACCACUGACUUGGACAUGCUUGAGAAAAUUCAAAGGAACAGAUUUGUUUCUGUGUUAAGGCUGAAGAAAAGGAAGGAAUCGAGUGGAAAACCACAAAUCCAGGCCAUAAAUGGGGAGAGCGAAUCAGGCACUGAUGCAGCUCCCAGGUUAUCUCUGCAGCCCCAGUCAGCCCAGGCUCCCAGCACAGCCAACAGGCGGGAGUUCUCCAGGUGGCUCCGGCAGACGGUGCAGGAGCAAAUCGACACGUGCCGCCGGCUGGUGGACAUCAGCGAGUCAGAGCCAGAGGAGCUCACCUAUUCCAGCAUGGUCUCCUUGAAGGAUGCGGAUGAGCCAUGCUGGACUCGCCAGGAGGAGUGGAAGCAGGUUUUAGACAUCCUCUGGAGUGACCCCAUGCCUCAGGAGGGCUGCAGAGAAAAUAAGGUGCGAGGUGGUGGCUGCUACUUUGGGCCUGAUGUGACAGAGAAGUUCCUUGAAAAGUACAGCUUGCAGUUCCUGAUCCGCUCUCAUGAGUGCAAGCAGGAGGGCUACGAGUUCUGUCACAGCCGCAAGGUGCUGACCAUCUUUUCAGCCUCAAACUACUAUGAGAUUGGCAGUAACAGGGGAGCCUAUGUGAAGCUGGGACCAGACCUCAUCCCCCACUUUGUUCAGUACCAAGCAAACAAGACAGCCCAUUUGCUCACCAUGACCCAAAGAAUCAGCAGAGUAGAGGAGUCCGCCUUUCGAGCCUUGCGGGAAAAGCUCUUUGCUCACACCUCAGCCCUCAUCAGUGCCUUCAAGUCCUAUGACAGGGACAAUACAGGAAAGAUCACUCUGAGCAACUGGGCGACAGCAGUGGAGUCAGUGCUGCGGCUGGGACUGCCCUGGCGAAUGCUGAGGCCGCAGCUGGUGCGCAGCACCGAGGACGGCAUGCUGGAGUACAAAUCCUGGCUGGAUGACCUGGCCAUGGAGCAGAGGAGCCAAGAGCACAUCCAGUCCAGCUUGCUGGAAGUCAUUUAUCGAAACAGAUCCAACUUAGAGACCAUAUUCAGGAUCAUAGACAGAGACCAUUCAGGUCUCAUCUCCUUUGAGGAAUUCCAGCAAACCUGGAAACUGUUCAGCUCCCACAUGAACAUUGAACUCACGGAUGAUGGCAUUAACGACUUGGUUCGCAGCAUUGACUUCAACAAGGAUGGGAACAUUGACUUCAACGAGUUCCUGGAAGCCUUCCGCCUGGUCAGGCAGUGCCCGUCGUGAGAACCUGCCGGGAGCCGCCCUGUCCCAUGCCUUGAUUUCUACAAAGCCAGGACUGUCCCACCUAACCUAGAGUGUGCCUGCAGAUGGCAAGCAGGGAAAGGGGAGGCAGGUGGCCAAAACAGACAUCACUGUAGGUGAUAGCUGUGACCCAUCUGGGGAGGCUAACAGGUGAAAUAGAUGAAUUGCACUUCAAUUCAGACUGCUUUUAAAAGAAGCUGUGUUUUAAAUAGUUUCCCGCUCAAAGGGAAGAUGCAACUUAGCUUCUCUUGUCAAUGUGAGAGGAUAUUACGGGUGUAUUGAAGAGCAGUAAAGUGGAAGUCAAUGUAUUACAUGUAGGCAGCAUUUUAAUGAGGUAGCACCUGUUUGAUUGCAGCUUUCCUUUUAAUAAACCUUUUUUCCAGAC